CUAGAUACCACCACCAGGAUUUAAGCAGCUUCGCAUCUACCUCUAGAGCCAUUCUGUAGAUAGCUGAGAAGAGAGCACAGGAGGAGUUGUCUCUGACAUUUUUUUAAAAAAUCUUCUGAAUUCUUCUCAGUGGGGGAGGUACUGUAGAGAGAUAACUGAAGUCUACCAUAUCGAAUUUUUCGUGGAAACCAACAAGACAUUUUUUCCUCCCUCAACGUUGAAGAAACUGUACAACUAGCAACAUGUGCACAGGAAAGUGCUCUAAGGUCAUUGCGAUCUCACUCUACGUCCUGGCGGGGGUCUCAAUCAUCUGUAACAUCAUUGCGUUCUUCCCCGACUGGUCGACGAAGUACGCCAAGUUGGACAGAGAAGAAAAUGGAGCCCGGAUCACCGACGAGGUCAAAUACAUGGGAGGUGUCAUCGGCGGAGGAAUCAUGUGCCUUAUUCCAGCAAUCCAUAUCCACCUGACUAGCAGCAAUGGUUGCUGUGCCAACCGCUGUGGGAUGUUCCUGUCCAUUGGGUUUGCUGCUGCUGGGGUUGUUGGAGCACUGUACAGUCUGGCUACAUCUGCCCUGGGCCUGUCCAAUGGACCUGUCUGCCUCUUUACGGAAACACCAACAUCUGUUCCAGGGUGGGGGAGACCUUUCUUGAACAACAACGGGAGUUACCUGGGCGACAGUGACCUGUGGACAAAGUGUAUAGAGCCCGAAGGUGUUGUGGAGUUUAACCUUGGGUUGUUCGCCACGCUGUUGGUGGUGGCAAGUCUGGAGCUGGUGCUGUGUGGAAUACAGAUGGUCAACGGACUGUUUGGAUGCAUCUGUGGCACCUGUGGCGGCAGGGAGGAAGCGUGAUGAUCCAUGAUGACCAUCGACUGUGACCAUUUUUCAACCACGACCACUUGACCACUUGAGGAACACAAAGAAGAACUGACCACAACCCAUCUGUGCCCAUUUGUCAAGAGGAAUGAAUGGUUAUUGAAGAAAGGUUGACGUAUUCACUGUCUCUUCUCUAUGGCCUACAAAGGGUAUUUAUAAUAGACUUAUAAUGGCUUAGUGUAUUAGGCUGUUCAACACACAUCAGUGACUGUAAUAAUCAGUAGUUAUGUUCAUUGAUAUGACAUUCUGUAAAUCUUAUGUUUCUCAUGUUUCAAUAUAAUUCUAUGCAUAUUUUAUGUUAUAUUUUGCAAUUAAAUGCUGGGUGAAAAAAACAAAUUAUGUUUAUUAUUUAUCUCCUUUUUGACGUUUAUUUUUUUUGUUGACAUUUCCUGGUCAAAAUGUUUC